UGAUAUGCCAAAAAUCGAUCUAUGCUGCGAUUCGAAAAUGGCGGACGAGCAAUUGCCCGCGGGUUGGGAAAAACGUUUGAGUCGGUCUACCGGCCAGCACUAUUACCUAAACAUCUACACCAAAGAAUCGCAAUGGGACGUGCCGGAAAAACCGGCGGAGCCCAUAAGUUCGACGGGUCCCGAACAGGUACAGUGCUCGCAUCUCCUCGUUAAACACAAGGACUCAAGGCGUCCUUCUUCCUGGCGGGAAGAGAAAAUCAGCCGUUCCAAGGAGGACGCACUGGAACUAGUAAAAUCAUAUCGAGAACAAAUUGCUCAAGGUAAGGCAUCAUUUGCCGAGUUGGCUUCCAAAUAUUCCGAUUGCUCCUCGGCAAAGCGGGGCGGUGACUUAGGGCCGUUCGGUCGAGGGGCGAUGCAAAAAGCUUUCGAGGAUGCUGCAUUUAGUUUGAAGGUGGGAGAGUUGUCUGAGCCCGUGUUUACUGAUUCGGGUGUUCACAUUAUUUUACGUACAGUAUAAAUGGGAGGAGAAUAGUGCCUG